AUGGCUCAAAACACCGUCCUGGCCGCAAUUCUGCACCUACAAAAUUCUCCAGGUUUUGUAUACAGACAAUACAAUGCCCCUGACUACGACGCAUGUGAACUCGCCCGACGCACAGUCGUCGAUGCCUCCACAGACAUCCUAAACUCUGUCCAUGUCGCCGUACACGGCUCUCCCAGUCCAUGUCUCUACCUCUUCCUCAUCACCAGUGCAGAAGCCGUUCACGAUGCAAUCGCUCGCGUAAAUACCUACGCCUUUGAUUAUCUCCAGGGUACCGAACCGGCUUUCCUACCUCUCGACCAGCUAUCAAGGCCAACGACGACCGAUGCUUCUACUACCGAGAUUUAUUCGCUCUUCCUCGACGCUGUUCGCUCAAGGGCAAUAGCAGACAUUGUAGACACAGCAUCCACACUACCCCGGCACGUCCACCGUUUCAAAGACGGCUUCAUAAUCCACCGCACGCCUGCCGUGUCAGAUUGGGCAGCAGGAUGGGAACACAAGCUACUCAACAGACCCGUCGUCUAUUUCCAUCUUCAGAUCCACUUUGCCUGCUCUGCUGGUGCUGACUCGCCAUCCCAUCUGCUAAUCCACCUCACUCCCAUCUCAACCCCAUUUUCCAAUAUACCCAUUAACACUGCCCUUCGUCCCGGAUCACCUAUCAUCCUCUUGCCGUACGGAACCCCUGCCUACUUCCUGGCUUCUUACAACGGCCCAUCCAACGCUUUGACUAAACUCUUCGAUGACUCCCUCAGAGGCUUAGGCGCUGGUCGUUGGUCACUUGAUGGUCAAUCUGCCUCCUCGCCCCCUUUCAUCAUCGGGUGGAUACGAGUCGAGAAUAAACAAGGCGAAGAUAAGGGUACCCCUUUUGUCUGGCCAACGCGACUUUGUCUCUCGUAUCUCCCUUCCCACCAUGUCAAACCACUGGAUCCCUUGCCCGAACUUCCUGCUGCCUUGCAAGCUUCGCCCCUGCUAUCAUCGCCAACUGUCCCGGCCUUUAACGACCUCCCGUCGCCUCCCUCCGCGCUCAGCCACCUACCCUCGGUAAAGGCUUUGCACAGCUUCACUGUGUCAAAGUCCAAAGAUAUCCGUCAACUCGCCGCUGAGGUCAGCUCCUACGUUGAUGUCGUGGCUCGCGAUCGUGAAAGAGAGCGGGAAAGGCUAAAGAAGGAGCGCGAGGCAGGAUCUUCCCCGAAACUGAUGCGCAAGUCCGCCCCGACACCCACACAACCUACUGCAUCAUCAACCCCAAAGCCGCCACAGCCACCGCCAGCCCAACAGGCCGUUGUCGACCAGAUCUUUUACCCCUCACCUCCACAAACUACCUCCCUACCCACCGCACCCGAGUAUAUCCCUCCCAAACCGGUUCAGGAAGCCACCCAGCCUACCUUCUCGCAACCACCUCCACCUCCGCCCGCUCCAGUCCAGAAUGGAGAUUCCUCGCAGAAGUCCUUUGACCUUUUUGGCAAUGCCAAUUCCAACUGGUCUCAAACAUCAGAUUCCUACUUCAGCGAUAUGGAUUUUGGGAUGGACGUCGACUUCAACAACAUGAACUCGGGGUCCAACCAAGCCAACAAUAACUACACGAGCCACGAAAGUGCUCUCGACUUUGACUUUACAGAAGACGACUUUAGCUUCUUCGAUCAACCAUCGAAAAGCAGCACCCUUCCUAAACCUACCUCAUCCGUGCUACCUACACCCGGUCACGAUCAAAGUCGGUUCACUCCCAACACCUCACCUCACAAGACUUCAACAACGGCACCCAACGUCGCUCGAGGAUUGGAAGACAUUCACCUUUCUGGACCAGGACCCCCUUCAGCCGGUUUCCAAACACCAUGGACACCAGGGGACAUGUUCACUCCCAGAUCCGCCGGGGACGCCACCGAUUCCCAUCAUCCGCCCGACCUCGUGCCCUCCUCACCAGGUCCAUCCCCUGAACCACCCUCCGGCCCUGGAACACCCACCGUCCAAAUCAACUUUGAAUUCACUGGCGGAAAAGGCAAAUCUACAAACGAACAUGCCUCGGGUCUCUUCGACCCCAUCCCUUUUGCACCGUACCACAGCGAAGUAGACAGCAAAUACUCGUCUGGGAAGUUUGCGUUAAUCAGCCCUCCCUUGACCGACAUCACUACCCCCUCCUCUUCUCCCCUAUCCGAAGAAGGCCAAAGCUGGCGUAAGCGUUAUGAAUCUGCCACAGACCCUCGACUAGGCGUUGUGCGCCAGCUGAUUGGGGUGAAGCGCAAACUCGAAGCUGUGGCUAACACGCACGCUAGACCCCGCGCAUCAUCCACCCCUUCUUGGCUCCAACAAUGCGAAGACUGGUCUUCCGAUCCCAAUGCCAUGGAUGUAGACACCAAUGACGACGAUGACGGUCAAUCCGACAUGGACUCGGACGAUGACUCUCUUCAACCCGAUUCCGAGUUGGAAAGUCCGGCUCUAUCCCGCCCUGCAACACCGCCACCAUCCUACCUCCCACCAGGCCCUUCUCUCUUGCACCACAAAUUCGACCAUACCCAACUUCUCCCAAUAAGUACACCCUCCCGUCCACCUGGGAGCUCUUCCUCUGCAUCCCACGUCCGCGAUCGGGAACCGUCCGCUGGGCCCAUCCCAUCUGUCCCUACACCCGUGUCACCCGCUGCCAUGCCGGGCGCCACAUCCGAGAAAGUCAAGAUGUUACAGGAAGUCGCUAUCGCCGUGGCCCAAGAGUCCGUCGAGAACCCUCUCUGGGCAGAAGCAUGGGAUACAGUUAACCGCACAUCUACGCUUUCGAAACGGAAUCAAGCUCCCAUGAACAUUUGGCCAGAUGAUCUCAGAGUUGGGGCUGAAUUGUUGGGAAAAAUGAAAGCUGCAGAAGGACCGUUGGAUCUGACGCGCCUGUUCAACCUCCGUGAGUCUGAGUCCUCUAGCAACGAGAUUGUCCUCAACAGCCAAACAGAACCCAGCAACAAGCCGCUCCAGCCACUCGAGCAGCCGCACAUCUCUGUAGGAAAAGGCCAAGCGAUCAUCCAGGUCCUACCCUCGGCUUUGCGGUUUGCAGACAAGCUGGGAUUAGGUCCCAAGAAUGGUACCAAGGAUCUCGAUGUCUACACCAUUUUUGAGGAGGGCGACGAACAUCGGCGGAGCCGUGUGGAUAGCUGGCUAUCCACCGUCUCCUCAGCCUAUUCUACAAGGUCUUUUGGGGCAUUCAGAAGAGGAAAGAGCGCUAGCGCAUCCAACGGCCUAUUCCCUGCGCGACUCGAUUCCAAUUUCCGCAAGACCCUGAGCUCCUUGCUCUCAAAUCUGCCGCCUUCCAACCAUCCAACGCUCGUCCUGCUUAUUAUCCCAGUCUCGUUAAUGACCCUAUCCUCCCCUUCCCUCCGACACAUUAUCUCCUCGACCAAGAAAGCGGCCCAGUCACAUCCCACUCGCCAACUCGUCUUCCACCUCGUCCCCGAACCCCUCCUCCUUUUCAUGGAGGAAUCGCACAAGAGCCAUGACACCCUAAACCUACUUUGCUCUUCCCUGUACGACAGAAUACCUGUCACUGUCUCCCGCCGUCUCAAUGGGCAUCUCUACGCACCUGGACCAGGACACAGAUCCUUCCCCGCCUACUCGUUCACACUUUCCCGACCUCCGGUGAAUAAGGUCACCUACUCCCGCUCGACACGGCCAUCACUAGACGUCUUGGACCGGUACACUUUCCUGCAUGUCGGGUACAAGCUAAGCCCAUGCAAGAAAUGGCUUCUUGCAAGCUGUUUGGACCAACGUGGGGAAUACUGCCGGACUGCGGUUUGGUUGGUCCCUCCACAGGAUGAGGAAGCCGAGGAGAGUGUCGAAGCCUUCGUGGCGGACAAGGUUGUCGGGUUCGGGAUGAAUAUCGCGUUGCAGGCCAAUGUCGAAUGGAGGAUUGUUAUUAGCAAGCUUGGAAGAGUUUCCAUUCCGGAGAUGGAAGCAUGGGACUCGUCGAUCGCGCAUGUCCUCGACGAUUGGAAGCAUCCUACCGCAUUGCACAUCUACCUAGUCUCUUCACAACCAGACGCCCCUUGGACACUCCUCGAUUUCAAAGGGCUUUCUUCCCAUCCACCCACUUCAAACUCGUCCUCUCUGAAGCAUCCGCGAUCCUCGAACAUCUCACACAAACACAACGCAACCAACGUGAUCUACACAGACUCUUCCUGGGUGGUUUAUGCCAUCUACCCUCGAUCGCGUUUAACCGUGCCGUUUCCACCUCCUCCAUCUCUCUUCUCAGGCUAUCAAAUACCCGAGCCUCCUUCACGGCUCGACUCAUCCGUCAAUUCCAACCCUGCUUCUAACCGUAAUUCCCAUUCUCUCGAGGAUUCCAACAAUCCUCACUCUUCGAACCCAAGUCCUAGUCCUUCACAAAAUCAUACCCAAGCUUCGCCUCAAAAAGAACGCUGCGACAAUGCCAACUUGCCAACUCUUCCACAAUCGAGCACAACACUGAUCAUCACCACACCUUCUCCAAGCACCGACACACCUCCCCAUAUGGUCCACAUCCACUUGUUGAAAUCCUUCCAUUCCGUUUCCAGCAAUUCCCCUCACCCAACCGACGAGGAAACACAUCGAGAACUUACACGCAACUUUUUCGAGUUGGGUGUUUUAAGUUGUGCAAGACGGGUUGGUGGUUCACAGAGUGGAUUUGGUGGACCUGUCGCUGGAGCUGAGAUAGGCGCCACUAAUCCUAACGCCAACCCGAUGCUCCCCUAUCACCUUGCCGCUGUGGAUUCUAUGUGGAGGUGUUUGGAUGUUGAUUGGGAACAACUAGAAGAUCCUAACAGCGAAGUGUAA